AUGUCGAAAGUCAUCGAAUCAGCAUCAGAAGUCAUCGAAGCCUCGAAACCAGAGGCCGACGUAAACGAUAUCGAGGAGGGAGAAGAAGAACGACAACAAACCAUAGACGAGGUUUAUGGGAUGAUACAAGGCCGCUGCGUUAGCAGGGUGAAGUCUGACACCCGGCCGACAUCUAACGAAUCCCAGGUGAGGCUGUCGCAGAAGCUGAAGAAGUCGGUGUUCACGCAUUUCAAGAAGAGUGACGUCGUUGAGAGCCUCCGGCUGGCCACCAUGAGGGAGGGGAAGGCUAGAGCAAUGGAGCAUUAUGGGGAGGCGAACAACGGGGUCGACGCCAGGGCUGAUGAUUUCAUCAGCAGGUUCAGGCAACAGUUACGUGGCUUUUCCUUUCAAUAA